ACAGCGAGAGAGAUGAUUUGAAAUAUUCCAGAGAACUCAUUUUGUGCUCAAGCAGCACAAUACCCCAGGUCACAUGAAAGGUGUCUGCAAAGCUGGCUGCUGCAGGUUUAUUUGGCUGCAAUAUUGUUCCCCUCCCAGUCCGACUCUUUUCCCAGUGGAAUGAUCUCCAGAGCAAGGGCUUUGAGACAGGAAGUGAGGCGUGUUUUCACUAUGAGUGAUCGGAGAAGAAGGCGGGGGAGCGGACAUAGCAGCUGUUUCAUGCAAGGGGAGCAUAAUAAGUCAAUUUCCCAGGAAUUUAGAUGAGGUGGCUUCAGGGGAAGAACUCUCCGCGCUGCUGGUGAGGUCCCGCAGCUAAAGAUGAGAGACGCUGUGUCCUUGCAUCGCUGCAGCAGAGCUGCUGUGGAAACUCCCUCCAGUUAGAGCUUGGUGGAGGACCUGCUCUUCUUUAAUGGCUACUGCUGCUGCCGCUGGUUGAUUGGCAGGAUACUUCAGGGCUCCUUAUUGCUUGGGAGAAGACUGCUAACUUCCCUUCAUUUUCCGGUGUGGUGAUACCUUUUCAUCACUGGCCGUGGGGAAAGAUGCCGUUACCUUUUGGGCUCAAAUUGAAACGAACUCGACGUUACACAGUGUCCAGCAAGAGCUGCUUGGUGGCCCGCAUCCAGCUGCUCAACAAUGAAUAUGUGGAGUUCACUCUUUCUGUGGAGAGCACCGGCCAGGAAAGCCUGGAGGCUGUGGCUCAGAGACUCGAACUGCGGGAGAUUACUUAUUUCAGUCUGUGGUAUUACAAUAAGCAAAACCAGCGCCGGUGGGUGGAUUUGGACAAGCCUCUAAAAAAGCAACUGGACAAAUAUGCUUUGGAGCCGACGGUAUAUUUUGGAGUGGUGUUUUAUGUGCCUACUGUUUCUCAGCUUCAGCAGGAGAUUACCAGAUACCAGUAUUAUUUGCAGUUGAAGAAAGAUAUCUUGGAGGGAAACAUUCCUUGCACAUUAGAACAAGCAAUUCAUCUGGCUGGCUUAGCUGUUCAAGCUGACUUUGGAGACUACAAUCAGUAUGAAUCUCAGGAAUUUCUACAAAGAUUUGCCUUGUUUCCUGUGGGUUGGUUACAAGAGGAGAAAGUACUGGAGGAAGCAACUCAGAAAGUGGCCUUGCUGCAUCAAAAAUACAGAGGCCUUACACCUCCUGAUGCAGAAACGUUAUAUAUGCAAGAGGUAGAGAGAAUGGAAGGCUAUGGUGAAGAGAGCUACCCUGCAAAGGAUAGCCAGGGAAGUGACCUAUUUAUUGGGGCAUGUCUUGAUGGUAUCUUUGUGAAACACAAAAAUGGCCGGCCUCCUGUUAUAUUUCGGUGGCAUGACAUUGCCAAUAUGUCCCACAACAAGUCCUUUUUUGCAUUAGAACUGGCAAAUAAAGAAGAGACCAUCCAGUUCCAAACUGAGGACAUGGAAACAGCAAAAUAUGUGUGGAGGAUGUGUGUGGCCAGACACAAAUUUUACAGACUAAAUAAAUGUAGCCUAGACUCCCCAGACUCUCCACCUGUGGAAGGCUCUCAGAAACCUUUCCUCAUUCUUUCCUUUCCACGCUUACCAAUUCUUUCUCGUCCUUCUCUUCCUAAAGGACAAACCCAGGCUGUUACAGUGAAUCCAGUUAGAAGGAGGUCCUCUUCCAGGAUGUCUCUGCCCAAGCCACAGCCUUACAUGAUGCAACCACCACCUCCUCUACAUUACAAUGGACACUACACGGAACCAUACACAUCAUCCCAAGAUAACCUUUUUGUGAGCAAGCAGAACGGAUACUACUACCACUCUCAGACUAGCUUGGAUAGAACUCCACAUGACUACAAUGGCAGAAUCCGCAAUGGGAGUGUCUAUAGUGCACACAGCACAAACUCUUUGAAUAGCCCACAGCACUACUUGCAGCCAUCUCCCAUGUCCUCUAACCCAAGCAUUACUGGGAGCGAUGUCCUGAGACCUGAUCAUGUUCCGUCGCAUCGACACAGUGCGCUAAUACCACCUUCUUAUCGGCCUACACCAGAUUAUGAAACUGUGAUGAGACAGCUUAACAGAGGAAUGAUACACACAGACAGGCAGAGUCAUUCUAUGAGAAAUCUUAACAUCAGCAAUUCAUAUGCCUACAGUAGGCCUGAUGCUCUGGUCUACAGCCAACCUGAAAUCCGAGAACAUGCUCAUUUCACCUCCCCCCAAUCUAAUCACUAUCCUUUCAACCUGAGUUACAGUUUUCAUAGCCAGUCUCCCUACCCAUACCCUGCUGAACGGCGUCCAGUUGUUGGUGCAGUCAGUGUCCCUGAGCUAACAAAUGUGCAGCUUCAGGCUCAGGAGUAUCCAGCCCCAAACAUCAUGAAGACCCAGGUCUAUCGACCUCCUCCCCCUUACCCAUACCCAAGACCUGCAAACAGUACCCCAGACCUUUCCCGACAUCUUUACAUUAGCAGCAGCAAUCCAGAUCUCAUCACGCGGCGAGUCCACCAUUCUGUUCAGACGUUUCAGGAAGACAGCCUGCCUGUUGCACAUUCCCUUCAGGAAGUGAGUGAGCCCUUAACAUCAGCACGACAUGCUCAGCUACAGAAAAGGAACAGUAUUGAAAUAGCUGGACUUGCCCACAACUUUGAAUGCAUAAGAAUUAAAGAGAGGACCAUGUCAGCCUCUGCUGCAGAUGUGGCCCUUCCAAGGGUCAUGUCGGCAGGGUCACAGCCCAGCAUUUUCAUGGAGAGAACAAAGCAAGAAGAAAAUAAGGAGCAAGAAGAAAGUUUGAACUGUGAUCAUAAGAAGUCUCUUUCAGAUGCCACUAUGCUGAUUCACAGCAGCGAGGAGGAAGAAGAAGAAUUUGAAGAAGAAAACAAAGCUAGUACAACUCUGACUCCUCUCACUGAUGAUCAAACCCAGCUUUCUGCUAUUAUGGGUGGUUAUCCUAAUGAAUCCUUACUAAGUUACCCCUACAGUUCUGUUGCUUCACCUCCUGGCCCUUUGCAUAUCCUUGAGCCUAAGUUACAUAUUUCGGAGACGGAAAAGAGGAUAAAAGAUGUGAGCCCAGUACGCGUAAUGGCUGAAACCCAGGUGCAGAGAAGAGGUGAAGGAUUGCUGACUCCAUCCAUGUCAGAAUCUGACCUUACGACUUCAGGAAGGUACAGAGUGAGAAGGGAUUCUCUAAAGAAGAGACCUGUCUCUGACCUUCUGUCAGGGAAGAAAAAUAUAGUGGAAGGUCUUCCCCCUUUAGGUGGUAUGAAAAAGAAUAGAACUGAUGCAAAAAAAAUAGGGCCUCUGAAGCUAGCUGCCCUAAAUGGACUAACCUUGUCUCGAAUGCCUUUGCCAGAUGAGGGUAAAGAAGAGCCUACCAGAGCAACAAAUGAUGAACGGUGUAAAAUUCUGGAACAACGGCUAGAACAAGGAAUGGUGUUUACCGAGUAUGAGCGGAUUCAAAAGAAAAGGCUUAUAGAUGGAGAGUGCUCAAUAGCCCGGCUCCCUGAAAAUGCAGAACGAAACAGGUUCCAGGAUGUCCUCCCCUAUGAUGAUGCCAGAGUGGAGCUGGUCCCAACCAAAGAAAACAACACUGGCUAUAUCAAUGCAUCCCAUAUUAAGGUCUCUGUCAGUGGCAUUGAGUGGGACUAUAUAGCUACACAGGGCCCUUUGCAGAAUACAUGUCAGGAUUUCUGGCAGAUGGUGUGGGAACAAGGGAUUGCCAUUAUAGCAAUGGUGACAGCAGAAGAGGAGGGUGGGCGAGAAAAGAGCUUCAGGUACUGGCCCCGGCUUGGCUCAAGGCACAACACUGUCACCUAUGGGAGAUUUAAGAUUACUACACGAUUCCGGACAGACUCUGGCUGCUAUGCAACUACAGGCUUGAAGAUCAAACACCUUCUCACAGGGCAGGAGAGAACAGUUUGGCAUCUGCAGUACACUGACUGGCCAGAGCACGGGUGCCCAGAUGAUCCCAAGGGAUUUCUGUCAUACUUGGAGGAGAUACAAUCAGUGCGGCGCCAUACAAACAGCACAGCAGAUCCUAAAAGCUCUAACCCUCCUGUAUUGGUGCACUGCAGCGCAGGUGUAGGAAGAACGGGAGUGGUCAUACUGUCAGAGAUCAUGAUUGCCUGUUUGGAACACAAUGAGAUGCUGGACAUCCCAAGAGUGCUGGACAUGCUGAGGCAGCAGAGGAUGAUGAUGGUGCAGACUCUCUGUCAAUACACUUUCGUCUAUGGAGUUCUCAUUCAGUUCCUCAAAAGUUCUAGGCUUAUAUGACGCCUACCACUUUCUAUGGGAUUCAUUCACCUCAAGAGUUUAUAAAAGGAGAAUUGCAGUUGUCCAGGCAGACUUGCCUUUCUUGUGUUUUCCUCAAUAGAUGACUCAUGCAGAGUUACCUUUUUGGCAUGGUGUGGGGAUAUUAAAUGCAAGUGCAAGGUAUCAACCUUUGCAAAGCAAGAUAUUGACUGGACUAACUUCUUUCUGUGUUCAGCUAUGUCAGGAAGGUUCUAACCUAAAACAACUGUGCUCUUCUGAUGUACCUGCCCACCUUCUUGCGAUUGUGUUACUCUAGGUAAAUUAACUGUCAACUUUACCAAAAGUACACUGGGUAAUUUUGGAAAUCGGAUUUUUUAUCUAAGUUGCUUUUUAAAAAACAGAGCAUUAGCUCUGAGCAUGGAAAAAAUAUCUGUAGAGUUGCAUAAUGAGGGGCAUGACUGCCUCAUUGGAAUGCCAAGGUCUUAAGUAGUCUCGCUCUACUUUCCAUUUUGUAUUUAGACUUGGUUUCUUCUGGUUCAUUUAGCAGAACCAGCAGCUGCUAGAAACCUAAAAACAUCAGGACAGUUAUUUUUCUAUUCAGCAAAUUUAAUUUUUUUAGUCUUCAAAGAGCUAUACAUUUAUAAACAGCACAAUUGUUCAGAGAAGAGCAGAAAUGAAGACACUCAAAUUAACUUUUCAAGAUUUGUACAAAAGGGAAAACUACAAGAGGAAACUGUUGGUACCUGUAGAGUUCUAGGUAGUAGAAUCGACACGAGAAAAGUCUUGUUACCUGCAGAGUGCUAGGUAAUAAAAUAGGCAAGUAGAAGGCAUUGUUGCCUACACAUUUCUAGGUGGCAUAAAUGGUAAGAGAGGCACAGUUACCUACAGAGUUGUAGGUAAUCAGCAAGGGGAAGAUGUUACUGUCAACGGUUUUAGGUAAAAGUAAAUGAACAAGAGAAAGUCAGUUACCUACAGGGUUCUAGGUAACAAAAUGGACAAGAGGAGGUAUAUAUUCAGUAUUAUUCAUAUAUUUAGAGGACAGUUUGAUUUUACUGGUUGAAAUCGAAGUGGAUGCAAAUGUUUUAAGCACUUUUUUUUGCUCUCAUUUAUAUAGCUAAGCAUAUAAACUGUAACCAUAUAUCAUUUAAUAGAUUAAAGUACCAUUACUAACCUAACUGUUAAUUUAGGAAGAGCCUUUGGAAAUGAUGAAGUGAGAGAUAACAGAACUUAAAAGUAGGAAGUUGGCAUAGUGGUGAAUGGGGAAUGAGUAUGUGCAAAUGAUGGUGCAAGUGUGACAGCUGUGAUUUUUGGUUGCACGUGGUUAGUGCAAAGACUUCAGUAUUAAUUUUUACUCUCUCUAGCAAGAAAAGUUUAAAAACAUCUUAAUUUACAUAGAAUUCCUAAGCUUAUUUUGUUAAUCAGCAGAAAGGUUUUCGUUAGCCUUGUAUGGUAUUGUUGAGUUAAGGGUGUUUGAUAUACAGGAGGCCAUCUGAGAAAGACAGCAACACUCAAACAAUGAUGAUGUUGGAGAUGUGGGUAUUUUAGUGACCUCCUUUGCUGAAAGAGAAGCAACAUAGUCACUGGAUGGGGCAUGAAACUGGAAGUCAAGAGACCUGAGGGUCUGUUCCCUGGUCUGCCACUAACUCACUGUGUGACCUAAGUCAGAUCACUUCACCUCUCUGUGCCUCAGUUUUUCUAUUUGUAAAACAGGGGUAAUAAUGUUUCCCCAUCUUUGUAAAGUGCUUUGAGAUUUAGUGACAAACAGCUCGAUUCAAGAGCUCUCUCUGUUUGUAGAUGUCUAGUGGUCAAUUCAAUCCCUAAAUCUUUGGAGGACCAGUCAGUGAACAAACAGACAAACAUUUUGUACCUCCCCCAGAGAUAAACCUGCUCCGCAGAAUGGAAUGGGAUUAACAUUUAUUUGUUAGUCAUUUUUAUGACUGUCAGGAUGGUGCCAUUUACUUCUGAUUAGCUGUGAGGAAGCUUUAAGCCCUAGUGUAAGAGAUUAAAAGCUCCCUUCACAAGAAAAAAAUUGUGAAAUUAUUAAUUAAAGGAUAAUAAAGGGUUGCUUCAGUUUCCUCUGUAAUGAUCUGCUCCCAAAAUGAUAGACAAGGUCCAAAUGACAGUGUUAAAAUAUCAUUCCUCCAAAAAAUAAUAUUACUUUGGGGUAGAUUGCAAGAGCCAUGUAGUGUUUUUUGAUGCCCUUUCCAAUUCAUAUUGCCCUUGGUAAAAAUAAGUUUUAUGUAGAGUUGCCGUUGCCAUUCUAAGCAUUGUUCUGUUAUGUUUCAUAAAGUGAUGAUCUGGUCUGUACAUCCACGCCCUUUCCGAAAACCAGCUGGCUCUUUUCUGAGAACGCGAUCAACUGCCUCUGAUGUAUGCUGGAUUAUGAAUUUACACAAUACUUUGUUUGGCACAGAUAAGUGUGAUACCACGCCAGUUAUUACAAUCACUGAGAGUUCCUUUCUUUGGUAUCUUCACUAUAAAUAAACCCAUUGGUCCACUCAUCUGGCACUUUUCCCCUUUCCCAGACUGAUGUAAAUAGAGGGGCCAGGAUAAAUGCUGCUAACUCAGGAUUUACCUUGAACAAUUCUGCAUUCAAGUUAUCCUUGCCAAGAGCUUUCCCAUUUUUUAAGGAUUUGAUGGCUUGAAUGAUCUCUUCCUUAGCUGGGAUAUCUGUGUUGAUAUCAAGAUCAUCUUUUGCCUCCUGGAUAUUUACUUUCUCUUUAGGUAGGUCCCUGUUCAGCAAUUCUUUAAAUGCUCUGUCCAGCGCUGUCUGUCGCCCCCCUCCCUCCCGCCCGCACACUGGGGUACAGAUGUGGGGACCCACAUGAAAGACCCCCAAGCUUCUAUUUUACCAGCUUAGGUUAAAACUUCUCUCAGGAACUAAUUCCUUCGACUGAUAUUGCUGCCACCACCAAGUGAUCUACACAUAAUAUUCAGGGAAGAGUCACUUGGAAUCCCUAUCCCCCCCCAAACCCUUCACUCCCUUUCCUGGGGAGGCUUGAGAAUAAACUACCAACCAGUUGCUUUAGCAAUGUGAACCAAAACAAAAGAUAACCUAAUGCAUUUCCUGGCCCUACUCACAGUUUCUGUGGUUUUAGAUGGAUUAUUCCAGGUAUAUUUUCAGGAGAUAUUGUACCUGCUUGGCUUCUCCCUCUGUCCGGAGAGCGAACAAACUACAGAACAACAAACAAAUCCUUCCUCCCUAGAUUUGAAAGUAUCUUCUUUCCUCAUUCAUCCUUCUGGUCGGGUGCCAACUCAGUUAUUUGAACUGCUUAACCCUUUACAGGUAAGGGAAUCCAGUACAGCUGCCAAGGAGGGAUUUUAUGCUACUCUUCCCCCUAUAUUCAUGACAAGCGCAUUUCUUGUUCUUUUUUGGUUGAUAGUAGGUGGCCUUGUUUGACCCUGAUGAGUGUUUGUUGGUGUCUGACGUUUACCACUGAUAAGCCACAUCAUUUUGUAGACUGUUCCUUGUUCACCACAAGCAGCUGCAUUCUCUGCUUGUGUUGCCAGAUUAUCAAUAUAAUGCUGUUUGUCCGUUCUCACAAGGCGUUUGACUUCCCGGUGUGCCUUGUUAUACUGCUCGCGGUAUUUGUCCUUUUAGCUUCUGGGAUUUUGUGCCUAAAACUUUUUUCUUCAGGGCUUGUCUGGUUUCUGUGGCGUUCCAUGUGCUGGAUGUAAUCCACUCUUUCCUUCUCUUCUGCCUGUAGCCUAGACAGGCUUCACUGCUCUGUUUAUAAAUUGCUGUUACUUUGUCCCACUUCUUGUUGUUCUCCUCAUCUGCAUUCCCCUCCUCUUCACCGAGAUCUGCAACUGCAGAAUGAAGGCUUUCUGUAUUUCAGGGGCCUUUAGUUUGUCAAUAUCAUAAUGUCUAUGUCCCUUUGUUUGGUGGGCCCACACUUCUAAUUUUAGCUUGAUGGAGGCUGUCCCAAGGUGGUGGUCGCUACCAACAUCUGCACCCCUUCUCACUUUCACAUCUAUCAGUGAGCGUCACCAUUUUCCACUGAUUGUGAUAUGGUCAAUCUGGUUCUUCUCUCUGCCAUUGGAGAACACCAUGUCAGCUUGUGAAUUUCACAAUGUUGAAAUAGGGUUCUGCUGAUGACUAGGUCAUUCAUAAUACAGAAACCAACAAGCCUCUCUCCGUUUUCAUUCAUGGUGCCACACCCAUGUCUUCCCAUUGCUCUGUCAUUGUUUAUGUUGUCCUUACUGACCUUGGCAUUCAGGUCUCCCAUGAUGAUAGUUAGGUCAUGGCAUGGUAUUCUUUAACUCCGCCUGUAAUGUAAGGUAGAAUUUGUCCUUUAUUUCUUCAUCGCUGUCAUUUGUCAGAGCAUAGCACUGAAUCAAGGUGAUAUUAUGUCUUCCCUUUCAGUCUGGCUUUCAUAAAUCUGCUGCUGAUGGGUUUCCAUUCAAGCAGGGAAUGCUCCACUCCCUUCUUCAAAAGGAUGACAAUACCCUCAUGGUGUUGUCCCUCAUCCCGUCCAGAAUACAGCAAAGUUUCUCCUGAGUCUGUUAAUCUUCCUGAUCCCGUCCAUCUGCUCUAGCUGAUACCCAGGAUGUGUAAGCUGUAGCGUCUCAUCUCUGCUGUGACCUGAGCUAUCUUCCCUUUUUCGUACAUUGUCCCUACGUUCCAAAAACCAAGUCUGGUUUUUGUCUUGCUGUUGAACACUUCAGUCUUCAUGCUAGUGGCUUCCUUUUGGCUGUUACCACUGGCAGUCAUAUGGGUCAUUGACUCCUGAAAGCCAUCACACACAGAAAUGGUUAUUUCUCCAUCACUGUUUCUGUAACAUAUUUUGUUUUUUAUGGGACAGGGUUGUUAGCUCUAUGCCUAACCCCCAACCUGGAAGACCAGGGUGUCUGUUUUGUCUGGACCUUUUCCCACAGACCAAUCCGGCAUGGCUGAACCUACCAGGAGCAAACAGCCCCCGCCAACACAGACUCUGGGGAUCAUUAGAGCAUGCAAGCUGUCCCGCCAUGACAAGGCACAGACACCAGAGGACAUUCUGCAGGCAUAUGGAAUCCCUUUCCAUAUAGUCAACAUAAUCAAAAGCUUUUAUUUCAACAUUACAUGCAGUGUUGAUCACAGUGAGCUCAGUUUUGAAGUCAAAACAGGAGUACAUCAGAAGUGUGUCACAUCUUCAAUCCUCUUCAACAUUGCCAUUGACUGGGUAAUGCAGCGUACAACAGAAGACAUGCCGAGAGGCAUUAAAUGAACACCCUUCUCAUCCCUUGAAGACUUGGACAUCACAGAUGAUCUCACACUAUUACAUACCCAACACCAUAUACAAGAAAAAACAACGUGACUCAACGCAUUCAGCCAGCAAAUUGGACUGAAAAUUAACUGCAAUAAGACUGAUAUCAUGACCUUUACUAUUGCCUCACCAUCACGGAUAGAGGAUUAUGUUCUCACCAGUAUGGAAACAUUCACAUAUUUGGGCAGCACCACCAGCCAGGAUGAUGGAACAAGCCAGGACAUCCGGAGCAAAAUCAAUAAAGCCAGGAACACCUUCAGGACCUUACAUACAGUCUGGAAAUCAUCAACAUACAAAACCAAAACCAAACUCAAGAUUGAUCAGAGCUGCGUACUUUCAACGUUACUUUAUAGUGCAGAAUUCUGGGGAAUGAGAAAGUAUGACUUGUCCAAACUAUCUUCAUUCUAUAUAACCUGCCUCAGAAAAAUCCUCCAUAUCUUUUGGCCCAGAACAAAUUCAAACCAAGAUCUACUACACAGUGCAGCCAAGAGGAUCUGAGCACCAUCAUUGCCAGGAGGCGUUGGAGAUGGAUUGGCCAUGUGCUUCGGGUGGAAACUGAUUCUAUCGCCAGAGUGGCAAUAAGAUGGACACCUGAAGGCAAGCGAAAACGAGGCUGUCUGAAAACAACAUGACAAAGAGCUGUGAAAGCUGAGCUGAAAAACUUGGAGGAACCUGGGGAAAAAAGCUGGGGAACCAUUGAAAGACUUGCCAGAAACAGACAGGAGUGGAGGAGCUUUGUCACUGCCCUAAACGCCAGAGGCGUAAUGGGAACAUGAUGAUGAUAAAUGAGUUUGAGCACUACAGAGAAAACCCUCUCUUCCUCUUAACUGCAGGCCUAAGACAACAUGCUUACUAUGUCUUUGCCCAACCAGAACCACACCUAGCAGGAACAAUGCCUUGAUCCAGAGGAAACUAAUCGCUGAAGAUGUGGCACACUAUAAUUCACAUCUGCUAACCUACAAACUACCUGCAACUUAUAUGUCAAAUGGUUUAUCCGCACCUCUCAGAAUCUGGCCUCGUGGGCCCACUUCUGCAGUUCUUUCAUAUAUAGACCUUACUUCAGCAUGAACAUUCAUAUAAAUCAGUGGGAUUACUCGUGUGAGUAAGAAUUGCUGGAUCCAGCUCUGAGAGCAUUCUAGCCAACCCGUUUCUCUCCAAAAGAUUUUUCAAUAAAAAUGAAAUUCAACAGCUCUCUGUAACAAUGAAAUUUAAAAUUGCUAUUGAACUAAUUAAGAAACGGUGUUUAAGUCUAAAUGUAUACUCAGGUUUUAGCAUUCAAAUGCUUUGAACCUUCAAAACCACACAUUUGUCCAUGCAAACUGGAUGGAUAUCUGUACCAUGUUUCUUCAUAGAAUAUUGAGCAUUACAAGGGAAUCUGUUGCUAAACCCAGCCCCAGCCAGGGUUGCAGGUGCAUUUAUUUGCCAAAGGCUUAAAAUUCCACUCCCAAGUGGGGCCAGGUUCACCAAAUCCACUUUCCUAUCCUACUGAUGUAGAAAUACGUGGGAGAAACUACAUAGAUAAUUAAAGUUUAAGCUGUAGUCUUUGUUAUAGAACGUCUGUUGAAUAAAGAUGAUCUUGCAAUAAAUAGCAGGGAAAAGAUACUGCUCUUUUUCAGACUUAGAAUUUCAGAAUUCUCAGGGACAAUUAAGGAUGCUACUACUGGAAAUACAUAGUGAGACUUCACUCUCUCUCUUUUGUGGGACUAAAUGGAAAAUGCUUUUUUAGGAUCAAAUUCUGUAAAACCCUGCAAAGUCUGAGGCCAUGUCUACACUACAAAAUUAAGUCGAGCUAACUUACAUGGGCAUACAGCCAAUCCAGUAAUUACAUCACUUGUGCAUCACUUGCUCCUUUGUCGGCAAUGCACAAUCUCACCAAGAGCACUUGCAUCAAUUGUGCUGUCAGUGUGGGGCAUUGUGGGACGGCUCUGGAAAGCCAGUAAUGGUCAAUGUAAGCCACAUAGUGUCUACACUGACACUGCAUCAACCAAACUACAUCCAUCUUGACUCUAUGCUGCUCGUGGAGGUGGAGUAUUAAGUCGGCAUAGCAGGAAGUUAUGUCAGUAGGAGCCAAAUUUAAGUGUAGACACUUACGUAGUUAAAGCUGUCUUGUGUUGACCUAACUCUGUAAGGCCUGAGUUAAGAAUCACUAGAAAAUCUUGGAGGCUGUAGCAGUGGCUUUUGCAUACUCCCCUGAUGUGAGAGUUUUGGCCAGUGGAUCUGUACAGUCAUUGACAAGCUCUUCUCUAUGGGCCUGAUCCAAAGCCCUUUCAAAUCAAUGGAAAGAUGCCCAGUGACUUCAGUAGGCUUUGGAUCAGGCUGUAAAUCACUCCUCCGUAAUUCUGUGGCAUGAGUCCCAUGGAGCAUUACUCCAUGGCAUACACAGUUCCUAUGUAGCUUCUUCACAGCCUGCACAGUAGAACUAUGUGGUGGUCCCACUCCAUAUAGGAAUGUACACCCCUGUGGAUAGCUGGGCCAGAUUUAGGCCAUAGUGUCCACUGUGCACAUAAUAACCCUUUACACAAGUGAACAGGUUAAAAAUACAACUCUAGGGAUCUAUGGAUAUUUUUAGAAAAACAUUUAAUUACAAGGAACUUAGCAAAGCAGAGCUCGAUUUUUUUUUUAUAAAGACAGCUGUAAAUUGUCAUCAGUAUUUUCAAAGAGAAAUGUAGAAGAGUGUUAUAAAUAUCACAUAGAUGGGCUAAACUGAAAGAACAUCAUUUUACUAUUAGUGUAUUUGUGCUCUUCUAUCUCGCCAUGUAAUCCUGCAUGUGUAUUGCUGGGUUAAUACUUAAGGCAUGCGGGGAAUUCUGCCAAAGUAGCUUCUUAAAUUAAUAAGCAGGGCUGAGCAGUGAAAGAAGAACUAUUUGUAUUUGGCUUUUCAUUACCAGAAGCCAUUCUCCACUUCUGAAGAAUCAUUAAACAGCUGAUCCAAAGCCCAUUGAAGUCAAUGGAGGUGAGAGGGAGGGUAUCUAUUGACUUCUCUGGAUCAGGCCCCAGGUGCUUGAAUAAUUACCUUCCAAAGAGGUAUUUGUAUUAUGGUGCCUCUGUCUUAACACUGUGCAGCCAGGUUAAUGAAGUCAUGGGCAUUUUGCAAGAUUGGGCUGACUGUAAACUGUGAAGAAACAAGGUAAACAAAGCAAAUUUUGUUCACUUGCCUUUUAAGUGUUUCACAAAAAGGUGAACUUUUCCCCUCCAACAUAAUGCUAAUAAAUAACGGAUUAAUAAUUUAUUUUAUUUCUUUCUCAAAUAAGUGAAACUGCCAUUCAAAGAUAUUUAUGGAAGUAGUGUGGAAAAUAUUAUUCUCAGAAACUGAGGUUUCCUUGGAGCAGGUGAGGGGCUGGGACAAUGUUAAUCCACAAAAUUGAACAGUCCAACAAUGACAUUUGUAAAGAAUCGCAAAUUAAUUUGAUUCACAUCUACAAACUCUUGCAAAACCAGGAUCCAAUUCUGCAACAUGCUGAGCUCCCUCAGUUCUGUGAAAUCAAUGGUGGCAGUUGAAAACACUCAGCACUGGUGCAGGAUAAGGCCCACAGAGCUUAAAUACUCACAUCUCCUUUUAAAUUUAAACACAGAUACCUAGAAUAGGCCAAAGCAGUGGAUCAGUAUUCUCCAUCUGUAGACUCUUGAAAAAUGAAAAGGAUACGUGGGUAAGAGUUUCUCCAAAUCUGUCUAUUGUACUAACUCUGACAUGUGGAAUGGGGGGUGAGGGUGCAGGGAGUGGCUAGAGGCAAAUGAAGGUUCUGGAACAAUUUUUAUUGACACUAGAGCAGCCAGAAGGGCUUGAUUCAUAUAGGAUGUUUUGUGAGACAUAGUAGGAUAAGUGACUAUUUAGUCAGAUUCUGUUUUUGCAGGGUUUUUUAAAAAGUGCUUUUUGAAACGCCAAACAUUUUAGUUCAGAGGCUGUGUUUAUUUAAAAAAAAAAAAAAAAAACACCCCAAACUCUCUUUUGCAAGUUUAUUCUGUGCAACCUAUCAGCUCAGUGUCUGUUUACAGAUUUAGGGUCAGAUUUGCAAACACAGGUCUCUGGUGUUACACUUGCAAACAGCAGGGGAAAAUAAGGGUUUGCACUGGCAACUAUUUGUGCGUGCAGUUAGUCAUUUAGAUGUUCAGCUACAUGCUUUCUGGGUGCAGGCAAGUAUUUACAGUAGAUGUGACUGACCUACAUUGUGCCAGGUUAAGGCUGGGCUGCACAUUAGGCCCUUAAGCGAUAGCAUUUAACCAUGAACGUAGAAGUCAUAUUUCAGUGCAGCACAUGCAGAGAUCUUAAUGCUUCAGAUAAUCUCACAAACUUUCACAGCUUUUUUUUAGGCAUGGCUGUACAGUCAAACCUUAUUACCAAGAUGCUGUUGGGACCAGCUAACUUGGUUCAUUCUGUUUUGGUCAUGUAUAUUAUUUUUUUACUAAUCAGCAGAGAUUCUGUACUUAACUAAAAAAAUCAAAUUUUUUGUUAAUGUGCAUUUCAAAACAAAAAAUUAGCAUUUGUCACAGUUUUCCACAAGACACUGCAUUGUGAAAUGAAGGAUGUGCCCCCACUGUAUUUUCUCUCGGGGUGUUCUUUCUUUGGCUAUAAAUGAUGAUGAUGAUGGGAGGCGGGAAUUAAAUUUGAUGUACAAAGGAGCUAAUGAAUACAGAUGACAAAAGAUGCAGCACUGCAGCAGGCUAGCCAAUUGUUUUGUAUAAACUUUGUCAUAUUAUUUCAUUUCAAAUAUUCAGCAGUAAGAAUCUUACCAAAUAAUCAUCUUUAUGAAGCACUUUUUCAGAAGAUGCUUAACCUUAUAAAGGGAAUUAGAUGACAUUUUUCUGUUAGGAAAAGCUAAAGCAAAACUUAGACCUGAAAGUACUAUAAUGAGAAACUUUCAGCAUACUGGAUUUCUAGAAUCAUUCUAUUUAGAGAGAGAAAAAGAUCUGUUAGAUCAUCCAGUCCAUCUUCUUGCUAAUGCUGGAGAAUUCUCACAAAGAAGAUAAACAUAGUCCAUGUACAGGGCCCUCUCCUGGACUAUUUCUGUACCCAAAAUGCCCGUCAACUGUAUUGCUGAUAUUGGAUGGGACUUCAGUGGGAGUUUUAGGAUCUUGAUCCUGCAAAGUCCUGAACACUCAUCAGGUUCUGACUAAGCAUUCCUGCAAGUUGCUGAGAUUGCUUAACUUUCACUAAAGUUAGUGGGAGUCAAGGGUUUUCAACAGCUUGUGGGGUUGAACCCUAUGUGGCAAAGGAAUGCAGGAUCUGACCCCAGUUGCAUCCUUUUCCUUCGAGCCAGUAUGCAGGGAUGUAUACACUACUUUGUUUAAACAGCAGCAUAUGUGGAUUUUCAAGUAUUAUUUUUCUAGUAUCAAGCUAGUGGUUAACAUGUAUGUGUUGCUGUAUUGCCAUCAAUACUGUAAAAAAUGUAUAAUCAGUACAGCUUUAAUUCUUGUAAAACUGAAAUUGGUGUGUAAAACAAUGUACAAAUUGUGUUUCAUAGACAGAAAAGCUUGUAUUACUGAAUAUGUAAUAUAUGUGAAAUGAAUAUAUCAUAGUCUAUUUUUGCCAUGGAAAUAAAUAUUUGAAGCAAUUUUGGAUUUUGUUUGAGUUGUACUGAAAAAAGCAGUCAGUGAACUUAAUUAUGAUCAGUCUAAAUACUUUCCUAACUCCUAGAUGUGAUGGCAGAAAUACAUUCAGUAUAAUAGAUCCCCUUUCCUAAAGUCUACAGCAGAUACUGUAAUGUACCUA